GGAUGAAGUAUAUUGUCAUCGUCUUUGUUAUCGGAAGUAUCUGCGGCAAUACGACUGGAUAUCUAUUCAAUCACUCCGCAUCAAGACCUCCCAGGGAUGAGUACCAGAAUACUAUACAAAAGUCAGAGAUGGCAUGUCUACUGAGUAAAUUCUUAACAUUUCUCGGCCGAGAAUGCAGAAAUGGAACAGUCAACGCAACGAUAGAAAUUAAAAGAGCAGACAUUUCUGAAAACGCUGUCAUGGGGAGUGCCAAUGUCACAAAAGUCUCCGAUGACGACUAUAAUCCCGUCAUUUGUGUUGUCAUACCUAUAUCGUUAAUUGGCAUAGCAAUCAUCAUUCCAAUAGUGUUCUGUUACUUCACAACCUGUAACAGUCAUCCUCCACUCACUGCUGAAUCAUCUGGUUGUUUCAUUACGUGUCAGAAAUAGAACUGCUGACUAGUGUAUUGUCACUGUUUCAAAGAAAUUAACAUUUCUAUUUUGACAAUCAAUAACCUAUAGUAUCAUUAAAUCAGCCAUUGUUUGUGCAAUCUACCGAGUUGUGUAAAUCAGGAACAUAUUUUUAUAAGUGUCUGAAUAGAAGAAAAGCAUAUAGUUUAUACAGACACAUUCAUUGUCAACGUAAAUACCAAUCUCGUAACUUCAAUAUUGAUUUUGAUUACUUUUUUGAGGUUAUCCUCAAUUAUACCAUGCCGCAUAAGUGUGUAUGUGUCAGAUUCCAUUUCUGAUUCCGUUUCUGGCCCUUUUAUCUAUUCCUUAUUGAUUUCGAUUUCGUCUGACACAUAACAUGUCUAUUCUAUUUUAACAUAUCACAUAUUCCAAUUUCACAGGAAAGGGUCACAAAGUGAAUAGAAAUUUUAAAUUUACUCAUUUUUGGUUUUAAAAAUGAUGAAUUAGAAGAAUGCGUUGCUUUAGAAAACAAAGUGCAUACACUUGCCUUAAACUUGCAUAUUUUGUACAACUGUAUCAGCUGCAGUUUUGGUAUAAAAACGAUACAUACACUUUACCUGAAUGUAUCUAGACAUAGGCAGCAAGCUUUAAGAAUAUGAUAAUAUAUUUUAGGGGUAGGGAUCUCAUCCAUUUCAAGAUAUUUUAACAAUUGUAAAAUGAGAGGAUUACUUGACCCAACGGAUACUUGCUCAACCGAACACUGCGUAUAAUUAAACAUAAAUGUUGUGUUCAGAAUAGAAGAAAUUUUGUUUUAGUCAUACAUUGCACACAAUAUUUGAUUAAAAUAAUAUUUCAUGAAUUAUUACACUUGAUAAUAUUAUCACUUUUUUUUUCUUUAUAUAGUGUAG